AUGAAACCGCCAUGUGUGGCAGCAGUCGCACAUUUGCUUGCCUUCCAUGUUCUUGUCUCUGCGACCGAGCCGGUGCACAGCCAAAGUAAGACAUCAUGCCUCAUGCAGCAUCGUGCAGACGCCUCCAAGUGGCUGGAUGCCAAGGAGAUUGCGCAGGACUCUCCGUUUUCAGACGAGCAGAGACACUGUAUCCGGGAGUAUGCUUCCAGCGUCGAUGCUGACAUCCCCGGCUUUGCAGGUCAACUUGCGCACCGAAAGUUUGGUGGUGCAGGGGCAGCAGCCACCAACGACUCUGUCAUCCUGGGUGCUGGCUUUGGCACUACCGCCACUCGCUCCUUGUUUACCUUCGCUGCCCAGCUGGGCCGGCGGGUCCACCACUGGUCAUCCGCGGCUGAUCCUCCUGAGUUCUGGACACAGCUAAAUGGCUUGGUCAGCAAGAAGCACCCGGAUGGCGCCUCAGGCUGCUACAAGGCGGUCAAUGCCAUGAACUUUUCAGCUUCUCUUGCAGGCCACGACAUGCUUCUGGAUACCCCGCUGGCGGAGCACUUUCUGGAUUUCUAUGCCGUCUCACCAAACUCGAAG